AACUGCUGAGUGUUGUUGUUGUCUGGCAGCACGUGUGUGUGAGGGGACCAGCGGAAAGGCUGCAUCUGAACGAUCUGUUUACAAUAAACAUCACUAUAAACCAACUACAGUAGUGAUGAAGCCUAAGGACAAGAAGUUAAAGAAAAAUAAGAAAGGUGGGAUGCCUAAGAAGAAAGAUGCUGGCAAGAAAACAAAAGAACUGUCAGAUAUGAGUGUUGACGACAUGUUUUCCAUGAUCCAAAAUGAUGACGAUAAUGAUGAUGAUGACUUGAUGGACACUGAAUCUAAAAAUGUUGCAAAGAAGAAAAAGGCAGGGUUGAAGAAGACAAAAACCAAGGUCAAAAAGGUCCAAGAAAAUACUGAAGAUGAUGAUCUGGAUUUUGAGGAUGAUGAGGACCUCUCUAGUGUCACCAAAUUGAACCGAAAAGACUACCUAGAGACACUGAAGAAGAAUGACCCACACUUCUAUGAUAUGAUGAUGCAGUCGUCAGAUGUGAUGGACCUGCGCAGUUCAGAUGAAGAAGAUGAAACUAAUAUUUUAGAAGAAGAGAGCAGCGAUGAGGAAGACCCAGAGAGAGGUGGUGCAAUAUUUCAGCCACCUACAAAAUUGGAGGUUGACAGUGAUGAAUCUGAUGCUGAGGAGGAGGGGCUCCAGCACCGAGGUGACAACACUGUGACAGCUGCCAUGACUGUUCAGUGGGAGAAGGACUUGAAAGGAAGCAGCCCUUUGAAUGCCUUUGUGGAAGUGGAACAAGCCUUCCUGGCAGCCAUCGAGAGCCUUGGCACCAGAGGAAAAGAAGAAACAGAGAUUACCAGCAAGUACAAAGUUGAGGGACCACAAAUUUUCAACGCAGUAGUACGGCUGUGUUUGAAAAAUGUACCCCCGGCUCUAGCAAAAAUACUUAAUCUGAAGUCUCCCAAGGAUGACCCAACCAAAAGCAAAAAGUGGGGGAAGAUUAAAAACUUCAUUAAGGCAUAUCUUCGUAAUCUUGUCAAGUUGACUGAGUGUGUUGCUGAACCAAGUAUAGCUGAAGUUAUCAUAAGUCGUGGAGUUUUGCCUCUCAUCAGCUACUAUGCUGGCCACCCGAGCACUUGCAGACUUCUGCUUCGUAGACUUAUCACUUUAUGGGCCACCAGUGAGAAAAGGGUUCGAGUUCUUGCCUUCAUUGGCAUCUUUAGACUCACACAGAUUCUUCCUCCUCAAUUCUUGGAGUGGGCAUUAAAGAGACUCUACCUUUCGUAUGUACAAAACUCAAGGUUCACAUCACCCUCCACUUGGGGCUUGAUAGACUUCAUGCGUAUAUCUUUGGUAGAGUUAUAUUCUUUGGACCAAGUUCGUGCAUACAAGCAUGCUUUUGUUUACAUUCGUCAGAUGGCAUUCCAUCUUCGAAACGCCAUCACACUUAAAAAGAAGGAACGAGUGCAACUGGUAUACAACUGGCAGUACAUCCAUUGUCUGCAUCUAUGGGCUGAUCUUCUGGCCAAGACUCACCCUAGUCCUGCCCUUGAGCCUAUCAUCUACCCCCUUACACAGAUUGCUAUGGGAACAAUGAAACUCCAGCCUUCACCUGCCUUUUACCCACUGGUGUUCCAUGUGUGUGGGAUCUUAACAGACCUCUCACGACAUACUGGAACAUUCAUACCAGUCCUUCCUUUCUUACUGGAGAUCCUGAACAAAGCCCAUCUGGAGAAGAAACACAAAAAAGCUUCCAUUAAACCAUUUGAUUGGCUAUGUAUGCUGAGGCUCUCACGGGCCGAGAUGGCAGAAUCAGCCUUCAAAGACGGUGUUGUGGACCAGGUGUAUGACGGCAUUAUUAAUUACUUGAGCGUAGAAAGUUCCUCUAUUGGCUUCCCAGAGCUGGUUGUUCCUGCAACUCUACAGCUCAAGUCAUUUUUAAAGAUGUGUAAAGUACCAAACUACACCAAGAAGAUAAAGCAGUUGUUAGAGAAAAUAAAAGAAAACCAGAAUUUUAUUGAGUCAAAGAGAAAAGAUGCUACUUUUGGCAUUGCUGACAAAAAGUCUGUAAAAGAUUGGGAGAUUGCAGUGAAGCAGGCAGGUACCCCUCUCUCAACCUAUCACGUCAGUUGGCUAAAAGUACGUGAAAAGGAACAUCUAAGACGUAUUUCCAACCGGGUAGAGAUGGAUGACUACAACCUGCCUGUAGUAAGAAAACGUGAACUAAUUGAGAAACAAAAAGCUAAGGAUAAGGAUGAGUUGAAAGAACUCUUUGCAUCCGAUGAAGAUGAUGAUGAGGAUACUGAUGAUGAAACAAGGUUCCUGUCAAAGAGUGAACGUACCAAGCUGAAAAAUAAGAAAGGUAAAGACAAUCCAGAAUUGGAAGAUGGACAUGAUGAGAGUCCAGAUGAAGAAGAUGAUGUCAAGGAAGAGGAGGAUGAAGAUGAUGAUGAUGAAGACGAAGACACAGGUAAACCACCAAGAAAGAAAAAGAAGACUGCAAUAGGAGACAUUGGUGAAGAAAUGGAUAACAUGGACAUUGCUCAUGAAGAAGAUGAUGUGGUGAAAGAGAUGAAACUGUCAGACUUUGAAUCAGAUGAUGAGCAAGUUGAUGAUUUUGGAGAUGGUAGCGAUGAUAGUGAAGAUUAAUAAUUUAUUUACAAAGCACAAAUAAAAGUUUUGUUAAUGUGAAAGGAUAGUUGAACAGAAAGCUGACCAGUGAUUGCUAAGAUGGUAUUGAACAUAAUGAGGGAAUGGGAAGUGAGAGAUUACUAAGAAGUGAAAUGAGACUGAGGAUAGGGUGUGGGAGCUAUUAGUAGGGAGGGAGACAGAAAUCAUGACUUUGAGUGGUGAUGAGGUAUAGAUGAGGCUCAGGGGAUAAAUCAGAUAGAUAUCCUGAGGCCUUGUUGUAGAAGAGGAGCACCAUGCCAGAACUGACAGGUAAGCUAGAAUGAAUUGCAGCUUAAGAGGGUGCAAUUGUAAUGCUCUUUAUUUCAGGACCCUAUGAAAGGGCUUGCAAGAAUGAGAAAGUUGUUGAUCAAUGUAUUGAAAUGAAAGUGUAUGAGAACUUGUGAGAUAUGUGUUUUUAAAAUUGUUGAAAAAAAUAAUGAUUU